AUGAAAUUCCUUCUUGGGAUCCAGCUAUGGCUGGGAACGCUCGCAUCCUGUGCAAUGAGUGCACGACAAGUCCGACAUGACAGCACAUUCCAACCGCAUUACGUCUUGCGAGUCAGCGAGAAAGAAGUGUCAAUUGCGUGCCGAAGCAGAUUGAUUGCGCUCGUCAAUGGCACGACUCCAGGCCCGAGCAUCCACUUGCGCGAGAACCAGACUUCUUGGGUCCGAGUUUAUAAUGAUUUCACCUCGGAGAACUUAACUAUUCACUGGCAUGGCUUAAGUCAAUCCGUGGCACCCUACAGUGAUGGAACCCCCCAGGCCAGUCAAUGGCCGAUUAAGGCUCAACAUUACUUUGACUACGAACUGCAUCCGGAAGUCGGCGAAGCAGGAACUUACUUCUACCACUCGCACGUUGACUUCCAAGCUGUCUCCGUGACCGGUGCGUUGAUCGUCGAGGAACAGACUGGGACUCCUCCAUAUCAAUAUGAUGACGAGAGAACCAUCUUCUUCACCGAGCUGUUCAACUACACCGACAAGAUGGUCGUUCAAGGCAUAACCGCCCCGUUGGCGAACUUUUCCUGGCCCGGCGAAGCAGCCUCCAUCCUCGUCAACGGACAAAACUACCCGGCUCUCCUCGCCAACGAAACCCUAACAUCGCAACCCUGGUCCAAACCGAACCCGUCCAUUUCACGGCCCUGCGGACCAGCAAUCAUCACCGUCCAGCCAGACCAGACGUACCGCGUGCGCACCAUCGGCGGCGUAGCCCUAAGCCCACUCGUCUUCGGCAUCGAGGAGCACGACAAUCUAACUAUCAUCGCAGCAGACAGCCACUACACGGAGCCAGCGUCGACGAACAUGAUUCAGAUCGGCUCGGGGCAACGAUACGAUUUCCUCCUGCGCACUAAGACCACAGAUGAAUUGCGUAGAGCCGGAAGAUCGCAGUUCUGGAUCCAAUUCGAGACGCGAUAUCGUCAGCAAGCGAAUACGUUUUAUGCUUUGCUUGUUUAUGAAGAUCCUGGAAAUCAAUCUACUAACUAUGCCAAUAAUCAUACGGUCCCAAGCCACCCACCGACACAGAAACCCGUGGUCUUGCCCACCCAAACACAAUCCUGGAUGGAAUAUACCCUACAGCCUCUAACAGACAACAACUUCCCUCCAGCGGAGCAAGUAACCCGACAGAUCGUCCUCCGGUCUGCACAGGUUGUCUCCCCCAGUGGAUCUACCUGGACCGUCAACAACCACAUCUGGACCGAAUCCAACCGACACGAGAAGACCACCAACACAAGCUCCAACUCCAGUCAAGCAUCAAUCUCUCACCCAGACACACCCUACCUAGUACAAAUCUACCAAGACAGCGAACACGCAAUCCCGAAUUACCACAACGCAGUCCAAAAUCACUCAGGCUGGGACCCAGAACUAAACAUCUACCCAGCACGAGUCGGCGAGAUCGUGGAUAUAAUCUUGAUCAACGAGCCGAAUGGCCGACAGGGCGGGUUCGAUACGCAUCCGUGGCACAUCCACGGCGAUCAUGUCUAUGAUCUAGGCAGUGGACGGGGGGAUUAUAAUGCGACGGAGAACGAACGCAGACUGAAGGGUUAUCGGCCGGUGUUGAGGGACACGACGUUUUUGUUUCGGGAUAAUACUACGGGUGAGGAUGUUGGGAUGGGGGAUGCGUAUACGAGUCAGGGAUGGAGGGCGUGGCGGCUGAGAGUGCAGAAUGCAGGGGUGUGGAUGGUGCAUUGUCAUACUUUGCAGCACAUGGUGGAUGGCAUGCAAACUGUUUGGAUGAUGGGAAAUGCGUCAGAAAUCACUCGUGGAGUGCCGCCGGAUCUGGUCUCGGGGUUUCUCACUUAUGGAGGAGACGCCUAUGGAAAUUCCUCUUAUGAACCGCUCGUCACUCAUUACUUUGACUAG